AUGGCCAAGCCCGCAACUUACUCCGGCAUCCGGGCGCACGCACUAAGAUCGAUGCACGCUUUCCGUGAUGCAGGCGAAAUCUCGCGCGCCGAAGCGGAAAAGUCAAUCAUCAGUGAGCUAUAUAAUUCAAAGUCGAAGUCCAACAACGACAUGGAUGACCUGGAUAUUGCCAGUGAAUGUGCAGACCACCUCCUUGCUGGCAUUGACACGACUAGCGAUACCCUGAUGUUCCUCAUUUGGAGUCUAUCCCUGCCUCGGAAUGCACAUGUGCAGGGGAAGUUAAUUGAAGAGUGCAAAUCCAUACCCGAUGACGACAUUACUGACGGUAGUGUGAACACAAGGGCUGCGGAUAGCAUGCCGUACCUGAAUGCAGUUGUCAAGGAAACGCUACGUCUUUUUGCCCCACUGCCCUCAUCCGAGCCAAGAUUGAAUAGAGCGGACACGGUAGUUGACGGUUACAAUAUCCCGCGGGGUACAAUAUGUAGUAUGGCGCCUUAUUCAUUACAUCGGAAUGAAAAUGUGUUCCCUGACUCGUCCACUUGGAGGCCUGAGCGAUGGCUGGACGCGGGUAAAAGCGAGCUAGCAGAGAUGGAGAGAUGGUUCUGGGCAUUUUCAAGUGGCGCUCGCAUGUGCGUCGGCAUGCACCUCGCCAUGGCGGAGAUGGCUUUAGUGCCGUCAGUGUACCGGAAAUACGGAUCGAGGGUGCUUCCGGGACAAGAAAACAUGGCGCCGGGUGUCACCUCCAGGUUUGAAGUAUUUGCUGAUGACACAUUCCUGGAGAUGAAGGAGCACACGUGCUGGGUGGAGUUUACUCCUCAUUAG